UGACGUCAGUUCUCAGGAUCCACCUUAAACACAGACACGUUGCUGCUGCUGCUGCAGUCUGAACAGCAACACGCUCACGAACCGCUUCAGUCUGCGGAUCAUUAUGAAUUAUUCUGAAGCUAAAUGUGAACUGAAGCAGCUGCUGAGCAGAGUGAGUCCACCAGACCUCCCGAAGCUGCUGCACUGGAUCAGGAACUCAGAUGAGCUGGAUCAGCUGCUGUUGGACAACAGGACGGUGAUGCUGCAGAGCAUCGCAGACGAGCUGAGAGCCCGUCUGCCUCUGGACGCCAUGUUACCCUCUGAGACCGCCGCCCACCACAAGAUGCAGCAACAGUCGCGGCCGACGGUUCAUGUGGACGCUUUCCUGUAUGAUGACGAGCAGGUGGACUCUCUGUGUGAGGAGGGAACCAUGAGCCGCUCGUACUGCCUCAGCUGUGGAUCCUGCAGGACCGCAGCGCUGGAUUUCAUCUCGCACUCGUUCUCCGUGUCGGAGCUGCAGUUCCUGUUCCAGAACGUUCUGCCGGACCUGAGCGGCCGGACGCUGGUGGACGUCGGCUCCAGACUGGGAGCUGUGCUGUACGGGGGUUAUGUGUACAGCUCGGCCUCUCAGCUGGUGGGUCUGGAGCUCAGCGAGGAGUUCGUCAGGCUGCAGAACGACAUGCUGCAGAAAUACAGACUGACUGACAGAGUUCAGGUUCUCCACGCUGACGUCUGCACGCAGGACGUUCUGCUGCAGAACGCCGACGUUCUGGUGAUGAACAACGUCUUCGAGUACUUCAUGGAGCCCAGCGAGCAAGUCAGAGCCUGGAGGUUCAUCAUGCAGAACUUGAGGAAGAAAGGAUCUCUGCUGGUGACGGUUCCCAGUCUGCAGGAGAGUCUGAGCGCUCUGCAGCAGGAGGCGCUGCAGCCCGGCUGGGUGGAGGAACUUCCUGUGGACUACGACGUCUACCUGGGCGGAGACGCAGACCCCGACGCUCUCAGACAGAUCCACCUGUACAGGGUCAUGUGACCACCAACAGAUCCACCUGUACAGGGUCAUGUGACCAGGACAGAUCCACCUGUACAGGGUCAUGUGACCAGGACAGAUCCACCUGUACAGGGUCAUGUGACCAGGACAGAUCCACCUGUACAGGGUCAUGUGACCACCAACAGAUCCACCUGUACAGGGUCAUGUGACCACCAACAGAUCCACCUGUACAGGGUCAUGUGACCAGGACAGAUCCACCUGUACAGGGUCAUCUGAAUUGAACUAGUGUCAACUGGUCUGAACUGGCAUGAAUUGGUGUGGACUGCUUUUGAAUUGGUCUGGAUGGUUCCCAGUCUGCAGGAGAGUCUGAGCGCUCUGCAGGUGAAACUCACACCGACACACCUGAGGCCAAAAGCAUCAAACUGCAGAUUCACGACUAAAACGGCGUGAACACACAGACGGGUUCUGUUCCUCAGGUUUAUGAAGCUGCGUGUUUCCAUGGUUGAACUGGAUGCAGGAGCCUGAAUCUUUUCAUAUCAACAUGCUGCACCUGUCUGAUCACCUGUCUGAUCACCUGACUGAUCACCUGACUGAUCACCUGACUGAUCACCUGUCUGAUCACCUGACUGUGAAACAAACAGGAAAGAAGAAGCGUUUCACUGCUUGUGUUGCACCAGCGAGGUUUUCUCUUUAUAGCGUUUAUACCAUGUCAUUAAUUAAUCAGAUGGACUGUAAACCAUCAUCAUCAUCAUCAUCAUUAUUAAUCAUCAGAUAUGUGAUCAAUGAUUAACUUGUAGCUCAUAUCAAAACUGACUGUUUUGUCCCAGUUAAGGAUAAAAAAGAAUAUUAACAGUU